GUGGGCGUGGCGGUAGAGUUAGUUUACAGGCGGUGUUAGCGUUAGCCUUAGCCCUGGCCGCUAGCUUUAGCGUUAGCUUCACCUCCGGCUCCGGAACGCCCCGCGAUCAAUAACCCGAGCAGUCCUGUUAGCUGUUAGCCGUUUUCCCCGUGUCGUGAAUGGCGUUAGCCUGCUAGCCGCUAGCCGAGAUGGAGUUCAGCGUGAGGCGCCUGGCGGCGGACGCCGGGACUCUGUUCAGCCGGGCUGUGCAGUUUACUGAGGAGAAGCUCGGCCAGGCCGAAAAAACCGAGCUCGAUGCCCACCUGGAGAACCUGCUUGUCCGUGCGGAAGCUACAAAACACUGGACGGAGAAGAUCAUGAGGCAGACGGAGGUUGUCCUGCAGCCGAACCCGAACGUCAGGAUGGAGGAGUUCCUUUACGAGAAGCUGGACAGAAAGGUUCCAACCCGAGCCAACAACCACGAGCUGCUGGGGGAGGGCAUGAUCGACGCCGGGCAUGAGUUUGGACCCGGGACAGCAUACGGCAGCGCUCUGAUUAAGUGCGGGGAGACGGAGAAGCAGCUCGGGAGCGCUGAGAAGGAGUUCAUCCACAGUGCAGCCAUCAACUUCCUCACUCCGUUCAGGAACUUCAUCGACGGAGAUUUCAAAACCAUCUCAAAAGAGCGAAAGCUGCUGCAGAAUAAGCGCCUGGAUCUGGACGCGGCUAAAACCAGGGUGAAGAAGGCCAGGGUAGCCGAUGCUCGGUCAGCAGAGCUAAGCUCCGCCCCUCCGCCGGGAGAGGAGUAUGUGGCUCAAUUUUCUUACUUUAUCAGCUUCUUGCAUGUCAGGUGGCUGAAGAUGUGGGCUGAGGAGGUCCACCAGGCGGAGACGGAGCUCCGGAUAACCCAGAGCGAGUUUGACCGCCAGGCUGAGAUCACCAGGCUGUUGCUGGAGGGCGUGAGCAGCUCUCACGCGCAUCACCUGCGCUGUCUGAACGACUUUGUGGACGCUCAGGCUUCGUACUACGCCCAGUGUUACCAGUACAUGGUCAAUCUGCAGAAACAGCUCGGAAGCUUUCCAACUACGUUCUGCUCCAAUAACAACGCACCUUCAGCGAGUUCCUCUGCCAGCAUCUCAGUGGCCGCUCCCACUCUGACCCCAACGCUGACCCCGGGUCAGGCCUCCCCGUCCCUUAGCGAACUCCGCAGCUCCUCCGGGCCGCGCAGAGCCCGCGUGCUGUACGACUACGAUGCCGCCAGCAGCAGUGAACUCUCCCUCCUGGCUGACGAGGUGAUCACUGUGAGCAGCGUCCCGGGCAUGGACUCCGAUUGGCUGAUGGGGGAGAGGGGCCAUCAGAAAGGAAAAGUGCCCAUCACCUACCUGGAGCUGCUGAACUGAGCAGAGGAGCAUUUCCCCCUCCAGGUGUCAUUCUAACGAGAGCACAGCUCCUGCAGGGCGUUUCAGAAUCCAGGACCUCUCAGUGGAGAGAGUGAGGACUGUCCAGCAGGAGAACCCAGACGCUCCUGCUGGACAGGCCUCACUUAGAGGAGUGCAUUAAAGAGAGUUUAACACCACCUUGGUCUGCUGUGUCUGCAGCGUUUGGCUGAUCACCACAGAUGAGAACUUCCGUACGCUUCCCUGAACUUAGAAAACAGCAGAAAAUUCCCAGAUCACUCGGAUACACAGAUAAACAGUGGAGUCCAAACGUCUGAGAGAAGCGUUUUUCAUUUAAACCUGGAAAUAAACAAGUGUUGAAUAUUCCGCACUAUAUCCAAACUCUCAAAAUUAUGGUUCUUCAAAGGUUCUUUAGUUAAAAAAAAAAAUUCUUCUAUAGAUCCAUGAACACUCAAAGAACGUUUCAUGGUGAAAUGGUUCUUUAGACUGAUGGAUAAUGUCUUGUAUGUGGUUCUAAUGUAGAACCAUUUUGAGAAGGGUUCUGCUGUUGUUACGGUGUCAAGCUUGUGACAGUAGAAGAACCCUUUUGGGUGCUGUAUAAAGCUCUUUUUAAAAAGGUUCUGUAUAGAACCAUAAACACGAGACCUCAUCCAUCGGUCUGAAGGGCCAUUCGACGCUUCCGCGCGGAGGAUUUUUGGUCUGAUCUCUUCCAGUGAAGCUCGUGGUCAGACGGUGAUAAAAGCAGGGCAGGGACACUCCACCAAAUUCUGAAAUGUACGUUAAAAUUCUGCUCUUCACUCAGAUUGUUGUGCUAGUAAAUGUUACUUGUAAAGAAAACACGUUAAGUUACAAAGGAAUGCAAAGUAGAAGCAUUUUCACCAGGGCUCUCAGACUUUUAUACCCCACCGUGUGCGCAUUAUAUAUAUUAUAUAAAAUCACCGUCCAAAGAAGAACAUCUCCACAAUGGUUAGUUUGCAGAAGACGGCAAACAGCUUCUCAACUUUGAGUGUUAGUUAAUGUAAAGAGAUUUUAUGGCAUGAGGCUUUGGAGCUUUUCUCUUGAACAUGAAAUUUUCACAAAAUGAAAAGGGCACCUGCUGAGUGUGUGUGUGUGUGUGUGUGUGUGUGUGUGUGUGUGUGUGUGUGUGUGUGUGUGUGUGUGUGUGUGUGUGUGUGUGUGUGUGUGUGUGUGUGUGUGUAACAAAACCUCCAUUUUUGUCGUGCGAGUUUUUGGACCUAAUCUGAAAAGGCCUGUUCUUCACAUUGUGUGGAAAUUGAAAUGGACCUAAAGAAACGGCCCAAAAUGACUUGGAAAGACGUCUGGUUCCAUUGACUUACAUUAAAAUUACAGUAGGUUUUAUUUUUCCUUCUCCUGUAAAGUCACCAUGGCAGUGAUGCUUUUAUAUAGAAGGAAAAAACAGGCUUUACUCUUAAUGCAAGUUAAUAAGUAUUAUAUAUAUAAAAAUCUCAUUUCGUGCAGUUUGCGUUUUUCUAUUGGUCUGUUCAUCAUAAUAUUUUCAGACAAUGUAAAGCGCUGCUGAGCCUAAAUGAUGCCGAAAAUUAAAAAUUCGAUUCGUUUUUCUUUGGACAGUGACGAUGUUAACGGGCAGAUGUAUAAACAUCUCAAAUGCAUGAGCUUUACCUACAGUUCAGUGUUAGACUGAGACGGACUGAGAAUCUCUUACAAAAAACUGUCUUAUGAAGUUUUUCUGACAGUAAACAAGUAGUUCCGGUUACUGUCUCUUUCCCUUUGGUUUACAUGGUUGAAGCCACGGCUGGUAGCGGAUCAGCUUCCCUCUGGGAACUCGACGCGUCUCAAACAAACCGUUACAGAUUUACAAACACUUGACUGAAGAAUCUGGAGUGUUGUGUGUAAACAGAUGUUCACCGACUCCAGCAGGCAGAGUUUUCCGCCCCUCAGUUCAGGGAAGCGGUGAUCGGUCGCACGGUACGGACACACAGAGACGAGUGUUCCUCGUCUGCUUCACUGAUAAGCCCCGUUUUCCGAAACGUCCCUCAGGUCGUGCGUCUGUUUCAUGUAGUGCAGAGCAAAACCAAAUACACUCCCUCUUACAGUCCAUGUGCCUCCAUUACGUUCUCGGUGGACACUGUAAGCAGCCUUACAGUCGGAUGCAAUUUUUUUUCUAAUUCAUGUGCCAACUGAAUUUUUUUUAAAUGCUAAAAUUACUAUUAAACUAACUCAGACUGCCACAACGUGCUAUAAUGCUUUAAUAAAUUCUAUAUCGUGUGA